CUUGUCGUGAAGGCCGUUUGCUGACACGCCCGAUUCUGUCCCUUUCAACUUCUCUUGUGCCUCCAUUUUUCGCACCAUCUCCCCCUCCGUCGCACUCCGCGGGUCGUGUAGUUUCAACAUAUUUCUGGGGGAAAUGCUGCCGUCUGCCGUUGGACCCGCUGCGACCCCAUGAUUUCGCCCAAGUCCCUCUAUGGCCCAGACCGCGUGUGGACGCCCUUCAACAAGAUGAUCACUAGGAAAUCUUCCCUCCUCCUCGCCAUCGCGACCAUCAGCCUACUCAUCCUCCUCUACACCUCGAGGAUUGGCGGCUGGUCUGGCCUGGACGACCCCUACUACCGCCCCGACCAUCACCACGACCCGCACAAGAGCCAGCAUGCGCCCCAGGGGAGUCCCCAAGAUGCCCCCCACCCUCCUCCGUCGUCACCCCAGCCGCCGCCGCCGCCGUCCGAUCCGGGUUGCGAGGGCUUCCCGGACACCAGCAAGGUGCUGCUGGUCAUGAAGACGGGCGCGUCCGAGGCCUACGCCCGCAUCCCCACCCAGCUGAUGACCAUGCUCCGGUGCCUGCCCGACUUCCUCAUCUUCGGCGACAUGGACCAGAACAUCGGCGGCCAGAAGAUCUACGACAGCCUCUCGACCGUGCUGCCCGAGGCCCAGAAGGGCAACUCGGACUUCGACCUGUACCGCCGCCAGAAGUGGUGCCUCGUCGACCAGGAGGUCUGCAACAAGCUGGGCGACCCGGCCAGGGAGGGGUGGAACCUGGACAAGUACAAGAACGUCCACAUCGCCGAGAAGGCCUACAAGAUGCGCCCCGACUACGACUGGUACAUCUUCGUCGACGCCGACACCUACGUCCUGUGGCCGAACCUGAUGCAGUGGAUCAAGAAGCUGGACGCGAAGAAGAAGCUGUACCUCGGCAGCGUGACCCUGAUCCACAACUUCAGCUUCGGCCACGGCGGCUCGGGCUACCUGGUCAGCCAGGCCGCCAUGAACGACUUUGUGGGCAACAACCCGGGCGUCGCCAACGAGUACGACGUCCAGGCGAAGAAGGAGUGUUGCGGUGACUACAUGUUUGCGCGCGCCCUAAAGGACAAGACCGACGUGGGAGUCCAGCAGAUGCACCCGGAUUCCGCCCCAAACCCCAUAAUCUCCGAAGAACACAUGCUGACCAACCCUCCCUCGCAGUGGCCCACCAUCAACGGCGAGAAGCCGGCGACACUCCCCUUCGGCCCGUCCCACUGGUGCCACCCAGUCGUAACCAUGCACCACAUGAACGCGGAGGAGAUCAACGCCUUCUGGCACUUCGAGCGGCGCCACAUGCGCAAAUCCUCGCAACCGCUGUUCCUACGCGACAUCUACGACGAGUUCCUCGCCCCCCACCUCAACGAGACGCGCGAAGACUGGGACAACAUGGCGGACAACCGCUUCUACGUGGACACGGAGUCCGGCCGCGAGUGGAGCGAGUGGCAGCUGAAGCGGAUGAAGAAGGCCGAAGAGUACAACGAGGAGGAGAAGAGCGCGCACAAGUCGUUCGCCGACUGCGCGGCCGCGUGCAAGAGCCUCGGCCCGGACGAGUGCUUCCGCUACAAGUACACCGACGGCGUCUGCAGCAUCAGCAACGCCUUCAUCAUGGGCAAGCCCGUCAAGCCCGCCGACGACGAAAAGGACCGCGUCAUGAGCGGCUGGGAUAUCGAGAAGAUCAACACCUGGGUCAGCGAGCAGGCUGCCUGCUCCGACGUCAAGUGGCCCAAUGUCAAGGUCGACUGAUAGACAGUCUAGGGUGUUCAGGUACCUUACCACACAAAGCCGGGACGCGAGGGGUGGAGAGGUGACGAUAAUGUG